AUGGUGUACACAUCGCACUGUCUACAAAGAAGGUUUUUAAGGUCAAUUGCUGUCAGAAAGGUUGACAUCCAAUCCUACUUGUCUCUCUACUAGGAAUCUAAUUUUACAAGGCAACACAUGUUCACCAAACGUACCAUGAACGGAAGUAACUAGGAAUCCAUUUCUACAGAUUUUGGUAUGAAUUACUGCAAUGUAAACACUAGUUGACAGAUUAUAAUGAAACACGACAAGUGAUAGGGACUCAAUAAACGCAUAAGAUCACUUCUCAUCAUCCCUAGACCGAAUGAGCUUCUACGGGUAAGAUAAAAAAUAAAAGAUAUUAUCGUUUAAUUUUAUUUAAUUUGAAAUCUUGGCAUUAUUAUGAAUAUGAACUGCGUCACGUAUCAUUCAAUUAA